AUGGACUUGGCUGGUGAUGAUCCUGCUAGUGACGGAGGAGAGCGUGGAGAGAGCGAAAUGAGUCCCGAUUCCGUUCCUGUGUCUCCUGGUGAGCCUGACCCGCUGCCCCAGUUAAAAAGGCCUACAGGGGUUGCCGACAUUAGGGAGGAUAGCAAUGUAGGACCUGAUUCCGCAGAUCCAGAUAACUUGCAGGAGGCAUACGUGGAUUUUGGGAAUAAAGAGGCUAACGCAUCCAUAAGGGAUUUCUCUAUUGAUGAUUUUGACGAGGAAGGCUUGAUUGCGGAGACUCCUACACUCCACUUCAUGUAUAGCUCUCCUCAAUUUGAUGGCCAACGCCGUCAUAUCAGACUGUAUAGAAUUGCUGCAGAGAUUUGGCAUCUACUGGAAGGAGAAACUGGGGGAAAUUUUGGAGCUUCUGUUGUGGUGGGUAUAAGCCAGAAAGUAGUAAAUCAAGUAUUUUCAGCAAGCAGAAACAACGUUGUUGAGGAUGCCUACAAGAAGUUCAGAGUGUUCUCCGAUGCAGUUAACAUGCCAACCCUAAUUAAGCGCAAAUGCUCAUCUAGCUCUAGCUCUUCCCAUGUUGUUUGUGCCCUCGCUGUGGAAGUUGGGGAAUGCAAGGAUAAUCCUACGAUCGCAGUCUCUUAG